UGAUAAAACUCGGGCAAGUUAAAGCCCUAAAUUCUUACUACCUAUCUCUUAGCCGUCGCCGUCCUCCUCCACCUUCUCUGCUACUCUCGGUGACGGCAGCCUAUAGCCCAGGUACUCCAACUGAUCCCCCUUCCACUUGAGUCACCCAACCAGUCAACCGGUCCGCCUAUAAAAAAAACAUUGAUUUAGGGAAAUUUGUUUUGAAGUCGAGAUGAAGAAUUCCAAUAGACAAUUUGCAAAGUCAAAGAAAUUAGAGUACUCCGAUAGGGAAGAGGACAUCGAAUCAUCAUUGUCAUCCUCUUCCUCUGAAGAUGAGGAGGAGAUAGAGCGGGAGCUAGCGGAUGUCACAUUUGAGGAGUUGCAGAAGGCACGAUCUAAUGGGUCACAUUCAGUGCCUGCAAAGGACCGCAAAGAGAAGAAGGUUGGACGUGCCAAUAAGAACAGACCAAUGGAAGUUAGUUGUAAGAAGCCAGUUGGUCGAUUCAGAGAUGUUGUUCAAGCUCCUAAAAAGGUGGUACGAGACCCACGUUUUGAGUCUUUAUGUGGUACACUUGAUAAUGAUGGCUUUAAAAAAAGAUAUAAUUUUCUUUACGAGGAGGAGCUUCCUGCUGAAAAAGAGGAACUACGCAAGCAAUUGAAGAAAUCCCGUGAUCCAGAAGUCAUUGAAGAGCUAAAGAACCAACUUUCUUGGAUAAACAAACAGCUGAAGCCUGAUUCAACGAAGCAUAGAGAAAAUGCUAUUUUGGCUGAGCACAAGAGAAAAGAGAGAGAAGCAGUAAAGCAAGGGAAAAAACCCUUUUAUCUUAAGAAAUCCGAUGUCCGAAAACAAAGACUCCUUGAAAAAUAUGAACAGCUUCAGGGAUCUGGCAAGCUUGAAGCCUAUAUUGAGAAAAGAAGGAAGAAGAACGCUGCGAAAGAUCAACGAUACAUGCCUUACCGCAAGCCUGUCGAUAAUCAACAACAGCAAAGCAAAUGAACCGAUUUGGUCCUUAAAGGCAGUGUAUAAAUCUUCCAUUUUUUUGUUAUGAUGGUGAAGACAUUCAUGCUCUGAGGUUGAGACCCCCACAAUGCCUUGAGGAACUUCAAUUGGUAGUAUUUAGUGAGCCAUUUAUAAAUGUUACUUAAACUAAACACAAAGUGGGAGGAGAAAGGAGAACAAUCCAUUUUUGUAGCUGUAGUAUAUUUUAUGAACUCUGUCUUUGAAUUUAUUUUAAUUAUUAGAUUAUUACAAGAGUUUUGGUUCACCAACUCAAGGCAUACAGGUGAAGGUUUUGGUUUUCCAUUACAUCUUAAUUUGAUCCCAUCAAAUUCAUUUUUGGGAUUUUGACUGCAAUAUAAUUAAGGCUAUUUAGGAUUUU